CUACAACAUGUUUCUCCAGUUGUCACUACCUCCCCACUGUAUUUUACUCGUUUUUCUUGGAAUGUAGAAAUAAGGGGUGCUAUUUUUUUUCCCUCUAGGAGAAGGAAAGAGAGAGAAAAAAAAAAAAAAAAAAAAGUUUAAAGAUACCGACUUUUAACUGAAACAGAAUGUGGGUGUUAUAAGUCCGUAAAGCUACUUUCUUCGUUCCAUGCUUUAUAGCUUGAUCCCGUGCCACCACGCCAGCAGCAUCUGCCUUUUGCUUCUGGGGUGGAAUCUACGUAUAAAAAGUUGAAAUCUUUUUUCAGUUUUUGGUGGAGGAAAAUUGUUCUGGAGCUGACUUGGUUUGCUUGGUGUAGCAGUCAUAUCUGCAUCUGGUUUUGCGCGUGGUGUACAUCCAGACAUUCUUGCUGAUCAAGUUGGGAUAAAGCUUCUCUUCAUAUUCAAAGAAGUGUUUACUUGUUUUAUGUUUGGAGGUCUAAUAUGCUUGUGAGAAAGAGGGGUUUUUGGAUUUGAGUAAUUGGGUAGAGAGGAAGGUGAAGGUCCUUUGGUGGAGGUAAGACAUGGCCUCUAGAGAAGGGAGACGGCAUCAUCAUGAUCUUGUGCCUCUUGCUGCAUUGCUCAAGAGAGAGAUGAAGAGUGAGAAGAUGGUGAAGCCUACUGUGAGGUUUGGACAUGCAGCUCAGUCCAAGAAAGGGGAGGAUUACUUUCUAAUUAAGACUGAUUGUCAGCGUGUGCCUGGGAACUCUUCAUCAUCCUUUUCUGUAUUUGCGAUCUUUGAUGGGCAUAAUGGAAAUGCUGCUGCCAUUUUUACUAGGGAGCAUUUGUUAAAUCACGUGUUGGGUGCCCUUCCUCAAGGGCAUGGACGAGAUGAGUGGUUGCAAGCUUUACCAAGAGCAUUGGUUGCCGGGUUUGUUAAGACUGAUAAAGAAUUUCAGAGCAGAGGAGAAACUUCUGGAACUACGGCCACAUUUGUAAUAGUGGAUAGGUGGACUGUGACUGUUGCAUCAGUUGGAGAUUCCCGUUGUAUACUAGAUACCCAGGGUGAUGCGGUCACCACCUUAACUGUUGAUCACAGACUUGAAGAGAAUAUUGAAGAGAGGGAACGUGUAACUGCUAGUGGAGGCGAAGUUGGGAGGCUUAGCAUUGCCGGUGGUGCUGAGAUUGGUCCCCUUCGUUGCUGGCCAGGGGGUCUAUGCCUUUCUAGGUCAAUAGGAGACAUGGAUGUUGGAGAAUUCAUAGUUCCGAUACCAUAUGUCAAACAAGUGAAGCUAUCAAAGGCUGGUGGGAGGCUUAUAAUUGCCUCUGAUGGCAUAUGGGAUGCUUUAUCGUCAGAAAUGGCUGCAAAAUCUUGUCGUGGUUUGCGGGCUGAACUUGCUGCAAUGCAGGUUGUCAAGGAAGCACUAAGAACGAGAGGGUUAAAGGAUGAUACCACUUGUAUAGUAGUUGACAUAAUCCCACCUGAUAAUGAAUUGCCUCCUACACCUCCUCCCCCAAAGCGGAACAAGCUGAGAGAUCUUCUUUUGUUCCGGAAGAGGUCCCGCGAGUCUGCUAGUAAGCUGUCAAAAAAGCUUUCAGCUAUAAAUAUAGUUGAGGAACUGUUUGAAGAAGGAUCAGCAAUGCUUGCUGAAAGAUUAGGAAAUGAUGACAACUUGAACUCGGGGCAAUCAACAUCUGGCCUUUUUGUCUGUGCUGUAUGUCAAGUUGAUCUUGCUCCAAGUGAGGGCAUCUCUGUCCACGCAGGUUCUAUCUUCUCCACCAGCUCCAAACCCUGGCAAGGUCCUUUUCUAUGUUCUGAUUGUCGUGAUAAGAAGGAUGCUAUGGAAGGAAAACGUCCAAGUGGAAUCAAGGUGUCAUAGGCUCAAAAUUGGUCCUGUUCCAGUAUUCUUUAUAAUAUCUUUCACAUUUUUGUAUUCACGAUUUUUAUAGGCAAAUUAAUUGAUUGAAUCUCACUAUAAAGUAGCAACAGAUGUAUAUGUAAUAUCCACGAAUUCAUCUAAAAUGGCCAUUGCGUUUGAGUAGCAAAUUAAGGCUGAGAGACGGCCUGGAAUGGGUUUUUGGGCGGCUGAAGAUUCUUCAUCUCUGGUUGAUUGUUAGAUUUGGAUGGUUAAGAUUGGUCCCAGGUAGAUUCUUUUGUAUAGUACUUUAUGUUUGCUUAAUGUACCUCAAAAAUGGGUAUCAUCUUGAUUAAGUAUGCAGCAUUGCGUGCUACCUCCACCCCAAAGUCCUGUAUAUAAAUUUUAAUGACCAUUUCAACCCUUGGGGAUUGGAAACUUCAAA